AGGAGCCUGCAGACCAGCCCCGUCCUCCUCCUUGACAGCAGCCCAGUCCGCACGCCACCAUGUGCCACACCAGCUGCUCCACAGGCUGCCAGUCAGCUUGCCCUACCACCUGCUGCCCUCCCCCAGGCUGCGGGAGCUCCUGCGGCCACCCAGCUUCCAGCGUGACUCUGCUGUGCCGGCCCACAUGCAGCUCCGCCACCUCCUGCCAGCCGGCCUGCGGCUGUCCCUCCCCAGUCUGCCCAGUGGUCUGCAGCCAGGCCUCCUCCUGCAGCCCGGCCUGCUUUGUGCCCAGCCCCUGCCAGGCAACCUGCUGUGUGCCCGUGAGCUACAGGCCAGCCGUGUGCACACCUGUGAGCUCCCGGCCAGCUGUGUGUGCACCUGUGAGCUGCAGACCCGCCGUGUGUGUGCCCGUGAGCUGCAGGCCCACUGUGUGUGUGACCCCCUCCUGCCAGUCCUCGGGGUGCUGCCAGCCCUCCUGCCCCACCCUGGUCUUCAGACCCGUCCCCUCUUGCACCCCUUCCUGCUCCUGAGCCUGCAGCCUCCCAGGACCCCUCCUCCACAUGUGGGGUCAGAAGCAGCCGGCUCUCUGAACUCCUGUGAGGCAGCCCAGGUGUUGUCCACUUCAGACCUUCUGGACCCAACUAGACCACCUUGCAGCAAGGCUGCUCCAUCCCAGCCAGCCAAGCUGAGGGACUCGCCCCCCAGUGUCCCCUGGCUGCGGCCUGGGUCAUCCCCUCGGCGCCCACACUGGCUGGUGCAGUGUGUCCAGGCUCUGCAGCCUCCAGCAUCAAAGGUCUAAUAAAUACCAGAGUGGACGCUC